GACCCACUGCCCUGUCACGAGGAGCUGCUGAAGAUUGGAAAGUUGCAGCAAUGGAGACCUGGGCAUACCCGGAAAGUGGUUGUAGUCUCACAUCAGUGGGCUGGGCUGACCCAUCCAGACCCCGAGUUCAAGCAAUUCAGCGUCCUUCAACACGCGUUGAUGAACCUUGCUGGUGGGAAAGCACAGAUGCAGAUGGACUGUAUUUCGGCGAUCAACGGCUUCCAGCUGUCCAUGCCCAGUGCUACAGAUCAACUGAGCUGUCUUGAGUGGGAUUUCUGGUACGAUUACUUCGGCUGCCCGCAGAAGUGUGGAACAUCACCAGGCAAGGAUACACCUGAUAUACAGGCGGUGGUGAAUUCCAUUCCCGCCUAUUGUGACAUUGCAGAUUUCACCUUGGUUUUAGCGCCUGCCAUCAAGCACUCUGACACUCACCAUACCAUCAGCCAGCGCACAUGGAGCAACCGCGGAUGGUGCAGGUUGGAGCGCCUCGCGACAAAGCUGUCAGGUAACGACAAGAGUCUCGUGGUGGUAUCAGCACCCACAAGGCUUCUGGUGACAGCGGGGCCGGAUUGGAUCAAAGCUUGGCCGGACGAAGGCAACUUCACCUUGGAUGCAGAUCGUGAUGUUGUGCGGGAGGUGACAGGCCAGCUGAUGGACAUGAAGUGUCAGAGCUUGUGGGAGCAGGGUGACAAGGACAAAUGGCGUUUCUACAGCGCGCUCGUGCCAAAAGCGCGAGGUUUCCAAGGCUGUCAAUAUGGCGAAAAUCUUUCAGAGUUCUUAAACAGAUACCAGCUGGACACACCAAGCUGCUUCUGUCUUGGCACAGCCCUGACACCAUUGAUCUUGGCAAGUAUCGAGGGCAACUUGGAUGUCAUGACGCAGCUUCUCGAGAAGCAGGCAGACGUAAAUCAGGUCAUCACUUGGAACAUGCCAGAUGCUCACAUCGAUGGUCGCCACAGCGCCUUGUCUAUGGCUUCCAUGCUAUCGACUCCAGAGGCUGUCACGAAGCUUCUGAAUUGGGGGGCAUCAAUGGAUCUUGUCAAGAACAUGAACAACUCAUCUGUCCUCUCCAUAGCUGGAUACUUUGGCAAUGCCCCAGCUAUGAAAGUGCUUUUGGCCCAUGAUGCGCGUAUCGACCACUGUGAUGACGAAGGUAGCAACCCUCUCCACGUGGGAGCUUUCUCGCCGAACCCUUGGGUAACUCAAAUCCUGCUGGACCAUGGGGUCAAUCCGGAUGCAUUCUGCUACGUCGGAGCCACGGCCCUGGCAAUGACGAGCAUCUGCAACGCUGACCCAAGUCACGCUGAGAGGAUGCUGAAGGCGAAGGCAGAUCCAAAUCUCGCAGGCUCCUCGGAGGGAUGUCUGCACUCGAUGCUCAGCUGGGGAAGCAAGAAGAAAAUCGCCAUGGGUUGCGCUUCUGAGCUGGAGUGGAACUUGGCAGUAGCGAACAAUGGGACUCCGUUGCACCUGGCAGCCAUCAAUGGCAGCCUCGAGAUUGCCAAGUUGCUACUCGCUUAUGGUGCGAAUCCAGAUGCGACUUGGGGAGACGACCAGCUCACGGCGAAAGAUCUCGCCCAGAUGCGAGACCACCAGGACAUUGUUGAGCUCUUCGACAAAUCACCUCGAAAAGGAUCCCGGUGCUCGAUGUCCUUAUCCUCGUUGGACCUGGACAUCGGAUUCAUGAGA